AUGUCGCUCAACCUGCUCAACACGCCCGACCUACAGGACCUCGAUAACGUCGUGGAUCCACACGCCAACAUCCUCAAUGUCCCCCUUCCCUCUUCCUCCUCGACCAGCUCCUUGAGAUACGAGGAGGAAAAGAAGAUCCGACAUCCGCUACAGGGCCACACGGUCCGAUCCACCGGAUCCGCACGCCACCCCACCGACAGCGGCGACGGCGGCAGCCAAGCGCGAGGACGAGAACGAGGACCGCUCGCGGAUGACGUAUACGACCUCCCGCCCGGUUUCGUGUCGCGUCAACUCUUCCUCCCUUCGUCGUCGUCGUCUUUGUCGCUGUCGUCGUCGUCGUCGUCGCUGUCGUCGUCGUUGGAGGAGGACGAGGAGGAGGACGACGAGGAGGAUGAGGACGAGGAGGACAGGGAGGACAGGGACAAGGACAAGGACCAGGACAAAGGGAUGGCGGGAGAUCCAGUUUUGGUUUCUGAAUCGUAA